AUGGACCCUUACAAGUAUCGACCAGCUAGUUCUUACAACUCUCCGUUCUUCACCACCAACUCUGGUGCUCCUGUAUGGAACAACAACUCCUCCAUGACCGUCGGACCAAGAGGUCCUAUUCUUCUCGAGGAUUACCAUCUAGUGGAAAAGCUUGCGAAUUUCGAUAGGGAAAGGAUUCCGGAGCGUGUGGUUCAUGCAAGAGGAGCUAGUGCAAAAGGGUUUUUUGAGGUCACUCAUGAUAUAUCUAACCUCACUUGUGCUGACUUUCUCCGAGCUCCUGGUGUUCAGACACCAGUCAUUGUUCGGUUCUCUACCGUUAUCCACGAGCGUGGAUCUCCCGAAACCUUGAGAGAUCCUCGUGGUUUCGCGGUGAAGUUCUACACCAGAGAGGGAAACUUUGAUCUUGUUGGUAACAACUUUCCGGUUUUCUUCAUCCGUGAUGGGAUGAAGUUUCCGGACAUGGUUCACGCGCUUAAGCCAAAUCCGAAAUCUCACAUUCAAGAGAAUUGGAGAGUUCUUGAUUUCUUCUCACACCACCCUGAGAGCUUGAACAUGUUCACUUUCCUAUUCGAUGAUAUCGGUAUCCCACAAGAUUACAGACACAUGAAUGGUUCAGGUGUCAACACAUACAUGUUGAUUAACAAAGCUGGUAAAGCUCACUACGUCAAGUUCCAUUGGAAACCAACUUGUGGAGUCAAGUCUCUAUUGGAAGAAGACGCGAUUCGCGUUGGUGGAACCAACCAUAGUCACGCGACUCAGGACUUGUAUGACUCGAUUGCUGCUGGUAACUACCCUGAAUGGAAGCUAUUUAUCCAAAUAAUCGAUCCAGCUGAUGAAGACAAGUUCGAUUUUGAUCCGCUCGAUGUUACCAAGACAUGGCCUGAAGAUAUCUUGCCUCUACAACCCGUUGGACGUAUGGUGUUGAACAAGAACAUUGACAAUUUCUUUGCAGAGAAUGAGCAACUUGCUUUCUGUCCUGCAAUAAUUGUUCCAGGGAUACAUUACUCGGACGACAAGCUGCUUCAAACCCGUGUUUUCUCUUACGCGGACACUCAGAGACACCGUCUUGGACCUAACUACCUUCAGCUACCAGUCAAUGCUCCAAAAUGUGCUCACCACAACAACCACCAUGAGGGCUUCAUGAAUUUCAUGCACAGGGACGAGGAGGUCAAUUACUUCCCUUCAAGGUAUGACUCGGUUCGUCAUGCUGAGAAGUAUCCUACUCCACCUGCAGUAUGCUCUGGAAAACGUGAGAGGUGCGUUAUUGAGAAAGAGAACAACUUCAAGGAGCCUGGAGAGAGAUACCGUUCCUUUACACCAGAGAGGCAAGAACGAUUCAUCCGUAGAUGGGUUGAAGCCUUAUCCGACCCUCGAAUCACACACGAAAUCCGCAGCAUCUGGAUCUCUUACUGGUCUCAGGCUGAUAAGUCACUCGGACAGAAGCUUGCAAGCCGUCUCAACGUGAGACCAAGCAUCUAA